AUGGUAGACCUGACAAUCACUCCGACCAUCUCUGAGGCAGUAUCCGACUACCUCAAACUCCCGACAACUACCGGGAACGAUCCAAUUCGCGUUUACGAGACUGCAGAUCGAAUACCCCAUGCACGACUCGCCGAAAUAUCCAAAGCCAUACGGCAGACCACGACGGACGACGCAAAGAAAGCGCAAUGGGAGUUAAGUGCGCUGAUGAAGGGUACAUCCGUCUACAUCCCGAAGAAAGAGAUCAAGCAGCCCGAUCCCAAAUACCUCGCCCAUCUUGAAUCACUACGCCGCCAGAACGAAGAAAAAGAAUACGCCUCCAUGUUCGGCACCGCAACCCAUCUCUCUCCCUCGGGGCUUACUAUAUCCCCAACCGCCGGCCUAUCCCCCGACGACGCCCGCGAACUCCGCUCGCACCUAUCCACGAUCCUCAACAUCUUUCUAACAAUGGCAUCGAUGUUCGCUGCAGUAUGGGUUUGGGGUAAACACUGGUCACUAGUGACGAGGGUGCUGGGUGGGUUGGCGUCGGCGAUCGCGUUGGGCUUGGUGGAGGCGAUUGUGUAUUUGAGGUAUUUGAGUAAAGUUGAGGAUGGGAGGAAGAGGGAGAAGAAGAAGUUGGAGAGGAAGGAGGUGGAGCAUACGAUGGAAAUUCGUGCUGGGUGGGGUGAGGUGAAGGGUGAGGACAAGUUAAUUGAGGCGAAGGAUGGGGAUGCGGGGAAGAAGGUCAGAUCGCGGCGGCGGAAAGCGUGA